GCUUGCCAUCAUCUUCUAUAUAAGCAAAGCAGCUCAAAUCAAAACCAUAUACAUUCUUUAAUUAAUUUAUAUUAUAUACACUUAGCUUCUAAUUACGGUCUACUUUUCAAUCUUUGUUAGUUCUUUCGCCUAUUUUUUUCGUUACAAGGAGAAGAACUAUUUUUUUCCAGCGAACGGGACAAAACUACGUCUAACGUAACUAAGCCCCGACCAGGCCGUAUUAAAAAAAACGUACCAUGGCCACUCCAGAUAUUGUUCGAGCAAUUGUCAAUUUCUCCCCUAGUCUAUGGGGAGAUCGCUUCUAUUCAUUCUCUAUCGACAAUCAGAUUGCACAAGGAUAUGAAAAAGAGAUUGAAAAUUUGAAGGAGCAAACCAGGAAUAUGUUGUUUCAUGCCUCAAUAUUAAGGGAAAGUAUUUUCGUAUUUAUUUGUAAUAUUCUCUUGGCUUAUUGGGUAUAAUUUAGACUCCUUGUAAACACCAAUAAGCCCAACCUCUUUGUAUUUAAAUACUCCUCUAAUCAUGGAAUAAUAUGACACUUGAAAACCCUAAACACUUUGUUCUUUAACAUGGUAUCAGCUUCCCAGGGGUGAUCUGCGGCCGCCUCCUCGACCGCACCCAUGACAGCCAACGGGGACUCCGACGACACUUCCGGCACCCCGCUCAACAUGGCUUCCGGUUCAACCUCUAUCUCUAUCAAUCUACCAAAACUUAAUAUUCUCUUGGAUCGUUCGAAUUACAUGCUAUGGCGUCACACAGUUCGCUCGGCUCUUGAAGCUUUCGAGCUUGAUGAUUUCCUCUCCUCUAAAGCCAUGCCUAAUCCAUUGGUCAAGCCUACCGAUUCCACUAGUUCAACGCCGGUUGCAAAUCCAGUGUAUCUCGAAUGGCGAAAGAAGGACAGGUUAAUUCUUCUUUGGAUCCGUUCCAUGUUAACUACACCAUUACUUGUUCAUGUUGCACGCGCUACAUCCACCCAUGAAGCGUGGGAUAUUUUAUCACGCAUGUUUUAUUCUCAAAAUCGCGCUCAACUCAUGCAUCUCAAAACACAACUCCAACAAUUUCCAAAAGGUGAUUUAUCCAUCUUGGAUUAUGUUGAAAAGAAACGGUCCUUUUCUGAUGCAUUAGCUGAAUGUGAUUAUAUUGUUCCUGAUGAGGAGUUUGUUGAAAGUAUUCUUAAUGGCCUUGAUGCAUCAUAUUCGGCCUUUCGUUCUGCCUUCAAUUUGCAUUCGGAACUCAUUAGUUCUCAUGAUCUACUUGGUCUACUGCUGCGUGAGGAAGCCCGCCUGAAUUCAGAGAGAACUAGCUCCCUAACUGCCACUGCAUUGGCAGCUACCCGGUCGGGUGCAGGGGGAACCCGGUCGGGUUUGCCAGACAGUAGGGGUGACUUUGUAUCCAGUUCACGCCCAAUUUGCCAAAUCUGUCAAAAACCAGGUCAUGAAGCCGUCAAUUGCUGGCACAGGGCAAAUUUUGACACCUAUCCUGAGACCAAACCACGACAACCUUCUCGUCGUGGACAGCAGCAGCCCCGCCGUGGACAGCCGCGUCGUGGUCCGCAAUCUCAAGCUUCCAUGCCGGGUUCUGUCUAUAACACUCAAGCUCCUCCAGCUCUCAAUCCUAUUCCUUUACCGCCAGGCCAGCAAGCUUAUCAGGUUCAGAAUCCUCCUUCAACUCUACUUGACCCGUGGUGUUUUGAUUCUGGCGCAACAAAUCAUGUCACAGCUGAUUUUGGUAAUCUCUCUGUUCAUUCCAAUUACACCGGUAAUGAAGGGUUACAAGUUGGUAAUGGUAUGACUCUGCCCAUAACUAGUUUAGGUCAUUCUACUUUACAAGCAUCACAUGCUCCUGUUCAUCUUAAUAAUAUUUUAUUUGUCCUGGGCAUCAAAAAGAACUUACUCAGUGUUUCUCAACUCACCCGUGAUAAUAAUGCUUAUAUGAUAUUUUUUCCUACCUGUUGCUUUGUGAAGGAUCUCCAAGGACGGACGUUACUCACCGGACGCGCUGAAAAUGGACUGUAUCACCUUCAACCACCCCAUACUACAUCUCCCUCUCCUCGCAUUUACCUCGGUGAAAAGACGUCUCUCCAAACUUGGCAUCACCGUUUUGGACAUCCACAUGAGUCUGUUUUGCGUCGAUUAGUUUCUAGAUUUAAUUUACCUAUUUCUUCAAAUAAAUUAUCUUCAAUUUGUGAAUCUUGUCAAUUAGGGAAAAGUCAUCGACUUUCCCUAACUAGUACUCACUCAUCUAGUUUGCAUCCUUUUGAUUUGAUUUAUUCUGAUGUGUGGGGCCCAGCCCCGGUGAAUUCCUUUAAUGGCAAUAAGUAUUUUGUUAUUUUUGUUGAUGAUUGCACAAAGUUUGUAUGGAUUUAUUUUUUACAUCAAAAGUCACAAGUUCUUUCCACUUUUCAACUUUUUCAGGCCAUG